GUCAUGUUUCGUGCUUCAAUUUCCAGCUGAUGAUUUCAGUCUAUGUGCUUCAUUUCCCUUCAGCCCUUCAGCCUAUGUGCCGUGUUGCACGAUCUUGCCUACCUACCAAGCUUACCCAGACUACUUAUACAGUUUUUGUUGCGGCCCGUGCAACAGCCAUUAUCGCACACAUAUAAUUGCAUCAAACCGAUCUUGCUUUUGAGGCUAAACGCAGAUGACAUAUUGCCCACACUUCAAAGCUCAGGUCUCGAAACCCACGCACGACGGCAAAGUCGGCGGCCAACACAACGUCAACACAAAGUCCUGAACAUCCCUUCACAUCUCGGCGAUGCCUCGGAGGUCUGCAAAGGACAGGGAAGACACCAUAGUGGAGAUCACCCACAAGCAUGUGCCACGAGAGCUGGAGGACUUCCAGGUACAGAGGAGACAGCGCUUCGAGCGCUCCUACGAGAUGACCAUGGAUCAACCGACUAUUCCAGGGCCCAUCGAGGCUCACAUGCAGGACAUACUCGACGUGCGCUUCAAAAAUGAACGCUACGACCCGGAGAAGAUGAAAGAGUUGGCGGCCGAUGCAGCGGAGGAGAUAAAAAAACAUAUCAUUGAAGUGGCGUCCCAAAGAGUUCGAGUCGUCGUACACGUGAUGACAGGCGAGGCUACAGGACAGGCGGUGCGGGCCAUCACCCGCUGUCUCUGGGACCCGGAGAAGGACCGUUCCAUGCGCGCCGUCGUCGAGAAUCAGGAGCUGUUCGCGGUAGCGUCGGCGUUCGCGCUGUACUACGAGUGAGGCGCCGGCGGCAGCCCGCUGGCUGUCGGUGCUCUGCCGGACUUCUUGGUCCAUUUAGGGGAAUCAGGCGUAGGGUGCUUCAUGUUACCUACGCCCUAAAUAAAUCUCGAACGGAACCUGGAUAGCAAUAGUCGACCAUUAGAUGUGUGAGUGAUAUACGAAAUGGCCUUCUGUGCUGGAUUUCUGGUUCCGUGGCGACUCGCUUUGCCGUUCUGCAAAGCAUACCGCGUUAUUUGCUGGCGCGAUUGCGUCGUACCAUGCACGUGGAAAACAGUGACUGGGAAUGGGAGGGAGAUAGACUUAAAAAGCACAAAGGCAGAAAGAGGUGGCAAUGAAGGAGUGGCACUCAGACGCUGUUCAGCUUCACACGCUCAAUGGUAGCCUGUCCUUGCCACAUCAUCGCGAAAUAAACCACCGGAGACAAUGGCGAAAGCA